GCAGGAUUCCCCACUGUCAUUAGUGUUAUUAAUGGCACACAUAAAAUAAUUACUGCAUUCAGAGAUUAGGAGGCAGAAUAUGUAAAUAAGGUAUGAAAUAAAGCUAACUGUAGAAUGCAAUUGCAGCUCAUAACACCAAGAUCCAUUUUAAAUUGCUUUUGGCAGAGUGUGUGUGUGUGUGUGUGUGUGUGUGUGUCAAACUAAGAACCCGUCACCACGUGGUCCAAGUAACUGGAAUUUAUCUUUCUGCAUUCAACUUAACAACCUCACCCAGAUACCCCAUAGUUUCUUGCUGAGAGUAAGUACAAUUUAACAAAUCUUUCUGAAUUCAAUCCAACUUCACCAGAUCAUCUCACAGCUGCUUAUAGGGAGUGGAAUUUAAUACAUUGUUGUGUUGGCAUCCCCGGGGCGGAUUUGAAUCUGAACUUGCCUUAUUGUACAUAAUUAAACUCAUAAAAUAUGUCAAUCGUCCAGUUCUUUUUUAUCGAAAUGUGAAAUAUAAAUUAACAUUAAAUCAUUUUAUAUACUGCUUUGACAUUCAAGUGCAAAAACAUCAUGGUUAGGAUCAUUCUUAAGCGCUAAACAUAGCAUGUAUAGCGAGUUUAUAUUUUACUUUUAUUCCUAACUAAAACUGACUUAAGAAAACUUUUAUAGUAUCUUGUGUACACUUUUAGCAUUCACUUUUAGCUGGGAGUAAAUUUAAAAGUCUUUUAGGGGUUUUUAUGUAUACCGGCCCAAAGGGCCACGAAACGGUUGCUACUUAACAAACUGUGAUCAGCGCCCAUUAUCAACCUCCGGCCGCAUAAGGGUAUUCACGAAUGCGUAAGAGGUUGGUGUUGCCAUGAUAGCAAGGUUGAUAAGUUACACCACCUCCUGAGGUGGUAUAAGUUAACAUCACCUCGCCUGAAAACUCUUAUAUAAAUAUUUAUGUGCACAAAAAAACUUUUUUUUUUUUUAUUGUUUACAAGCUUUACCACCAAGAAAGCAUGGUUUUUGUGAUGCAUAAUGUGAAAUCUUACAUGGAACACUGAAAAAGCAAGAAAAGGAAAGGUGCGCGCUCAGUGUGUACUGUGAUUAAGUAUUAUUUUCGUCGCUUCUGCAUAUAUUGGAUAUUUUCUUUGCAUACUUCGACGUUCGUGCCUUGAGGCGAGAAAGGCGCUUUCGGGAUCGCUUUGACCCCUUGGCAUUGAGUGAUAAUGAGCUCAUGCUCAAAUAUCGCUUCCCUCAGCUGCAUCUCCUCUUGUUUGAGAUGCAGCCUCAGCUGGAGAGAAGGACAAGGCACAGCCAGGCAUUACAAACUCACACCCAAGUUUUGCUGGCCCAGAGAUUGUUUGCCAGUGGGCUCUUACAAAACGUCAUUGGAGACACUGCAGGACCUACAAAAGCAACUGUCAGCAGUGUCUUCGAGUGUGUGUGCACCGUGUUGAGAGAUAAGUCGGUGCAGGAAAUCAAGAUGCCUCCAACACACCUUGAUCAAAGGAGAACUGCACAUCAGUUCUUCAGGAUCAAAAAUUUCCUAAGGGUUAUUGGGGCCAUUGAUGGCAUGAUGAAGGCGUCAGGCGAUAAACAGUGCACACGCGGGACUGAGUCACUGAGUAAACACAGUGCAGUGGGUCGCGGGUGGUGUAAAGCAGUGCGCUCUGGUCGCGAGGGAACAGAGUAUACCUCGCGCUGGAAUUUUAAUUGAUUUUGCACCCACAUUGCCAUCAAGGCCUCAAGUGUGGACGAGGCCCUCUACUUUAACUGGAAAAGGUAUCACUCCCUCUGAACAUCCAACUUGUUUGUGAUGUGAAUGGAGUGAUCCUCAGCUACUGCUCCAGAUUCCCAGGUGCCUGCACUCUACUGGAAGUAGCUUGCAGUACAGACCCAUCAAGUGUGUGAAAAUAAUUAAUGCUUGCCUGCUCCUACACAACUGCUGCAUCAAGUUCCUGAUGACAUAUGUACUUGUCACUAUUUUUCUGGUAGUUGACAGGAUAUAUCUAUAUCAUGGAUAUUAGAUUUAACUGAGUACAGUCAUGAAUGUUCUCACACUUGUUGUUAGGGUAAUGAAAUUUAUCGGAAGUGUUCUGUCAUUUAACGAAAAUAAACAUCUGUUUUUUUCCUACAAAGGUGUCUUGAAAGUCAUUAUGGUUUGGGCUAGUUCUGGAUCAUCAAAGUGCUAAAUGUCAAACUACAUGACUAUUCUUCGCAUACAAUAUAAACUUUAAACAAAUGAAACACUUAGGUUCCAAUCCCUAGACCUUUCAGACUCCCACAAAAGUCUGCUAACAGCUACCACCUCUUAAGGAUGAAGCUAUGCCCCAUGCUGAUACCAACCCUGCUGUGCUGUAGAGGGGUCCAUGUGCUCCAGGCAGAAUUGUGUAGCAAGAAAUCAUACAAAACUUCUUCCAGCACUGAAGUAAGGAAGUCAGAUUGUUGAAGUGCCUGGGACAUGUUUUGUACAGCCAGCCCCUGCUCCUGCUGCACCAUCACCAGCUCGUGCAUGCUCAGACGAAUCUGCUGUUGGGUUUCCUGUGUUUGAGAGAGAACUUCCAAGUCUGAGUGGCCACCUGCAAUACAGUUUAGAAGCAAACAUGACUUUACACCACAAGUUACAAAUUAAAUGGUAUUUUAAGUUGCAUGUCAUGCUAUUUUGCUGUUUUGCUUUUACCUCAUUUGCUCCUUGGACCUUUCUGCUAUACUAUACCUAGGGUUGUGGUAUGGUACAUUUAUGGAAUCAACAAUUUAAAUGCCUGAGAGAUAUAUUCUUCAAAAAAAAAAAAAAAAAGGUCAAAGUUGCAAGAACAACAAACUUACUGGCAGGAGUUGUAUAAUCAGUGUUCAUUGUAAUGGAGGACACAACAUGUUAUUCACCAUUGCAUGUAGUCAUCUGUAACAUGGAUGCUUUGAACAAAGAUGUUCUCAUCCAGUGCAGAUGACACAGCAUUGUCAAAUCCAGAGUCCCCUGUGGAAACAGCAACACCAGCAGAAGAGGGUUGGAUGGCUCUAACUCCACUGCUGGUGGAAGGCUGUGGUCCUUCUAGAGGCCCUGACACAUCUAAAAAAAAAAAAAAAAAUAUUACUGCAGGCAGAGAAUAAGCUGGUAUUCUUUGAGUGAUGUUUUUAUUGACUAAUUUUUCUUUUAAUUAGCAGUCAAUCUAGUCAUGCCUGUAUCUAUCACAUGGUUUUGCUGAGUUGGUGUGCAAGUGUGCAGAUAUCUCCAUUCAGGAAGAUGAGUGUUGGACAUGAUGCUGCUAGCCCCAUGGAAGAUGAUGCUGUAACAUAAUUAUUGUUACAGUACAGUAAUACACUUAAAGUUGAAAACAGCAUUAAAUUACAAAAUGUAAUUUAACCUUUGGUAGUUUACUUAUGCAGUGUGGCGCCAUCACUUUCAGGGUAUGGCAGUCCUGUAAAUGCUGUGUGAGAUAACAUCCACAGCAUGACCAACUCCACAGCAGUGUAUGUUGUCUCAUCUGGAAGUUCCCCACCUGCAUGGAUAUGAAUGUUGCAAUUAUCAGCCACUUUGAAGUUCACAUGUAAAGCCAAAUCAACUUGGUGUAAAUCAUGAAUGUAUUAGAGCAUAUUGAUGUUAUUUAGCACUGCAGUGGUCACUAUCUCGGACCUGACUGCCAGAGGUACUGUACUUACUCCUAUAUAUAAUCCAUUGCUUAAUUGGUUCUUGGUUAUGUUUAUUGACUAUAUAGGUAAAUUUUGUAACAGCACCAUUGAUGAAAUACAACAUGUACACAAGAGCAAACUUUUUUUUUAUAUAAUUGCAGGGGUUUUAAGCACUGCUAACAAUCACCUAACCUAACUGACCUAACCAUAACCUAACCCUCCUUCCUCAAGAAAGUAAAACCAAUAUUCAAGAAAUAAAAUUUAUUACAGCAGCUUGGGUCCCAAAGGCUGAGCAGAAAUAUUUUUUUCUCCCAAUAUGCAAUUGAAAGUCAUUCAGAGGAUUUUGUUCAUAUUACUCAAAACAAUGCCCAGCAAUGCCGAAAACAUUAGUUAACUAAAUUCCAUAAGCAAUUAGUCAAAACAAAAUAUUAAGCAAGUGCUAGUGUGGGUAAAUUUUUACUCUUUCAUCUGUUUAUCUUUUUCACAUGAAACUAUUUGCUUUUUGUUAUUUUUGGCCUACACUGAAUUAGUAUGUUAAUGAAACCUUAUGUAACCUAACCAAAGUAAUCUAACAAAACAAAAAUAAUGUAACCUAACCAAAGACAAACCUAAAAUAGCUAAAAUAACCUCGCUUCUCUAAAAAUAUGUACAUACAGCCGUUCAAUAAUUGCUGUCAUUAUUAUAGUUAAUUUGCAGUUGGUUUAUGUGGGAUUCAAAUUACUCUGGAAUGACAAAAUGUAUCUGAUGAGAAGGGUAAGAAAAGCCAUGUUGAAACUGGUAAAAAACUAAAAAUACCCUACUAUGUGUCUGCUGGAACCAUAAGCCAUGAUUUCAUUUACUUGCAGCUGGACAUCACACCAUUUUUUGGUAAUAUCACAGUAAUUCCAUCCAUAUAGCUCUCUAUCCGUCUUCUGUGUCAACCGCAUCAUACUAGGUCUGCAACUAUGCUAACGAAAAUGUGAUAAGAAUAUCCAAUUAACACACAGUGUCUGCAGUGUAAUGCUGUUCUGCAGUAACCUUGCUCUUGACAUGUUUUGGAGGUCCUUAAAUUUCCUCUGGACCUCAGGAUAGGCAAUUGCUGUGAGGGGAAGACGGCUGAAUCUGGGUAGGUUGCGAGACGUGAUGCUUAGCAGGGCGGAGAGUGAGUAGCGAAGUGCAGUGCGGGGGGAGUAGAAAUGCUGCCAAAUGAGCAGGAAGUGGUCCAUGGUCUCAGAGGAACAGCCCUACACCAGAGGCAAAAGGGGUUGCUUUAUCAAAGUUUGUAAACAAUGUCGUGUGACUCCCACUUGUGGUGCGAGUUUUGCUGUCCACUGCACCCCGAUUCUACACCUCCUCCAUCAAGGUCAAGGCCUCAGUGUCAGUGAAUCAUUGUCUCUUUAUUUUCUUAGGGGGUUCAAUAGCUAUGAUGAAAACAUUGUAAAGACAGUUGAGUGUGGUGAGUGGUGGCAUUGGGUGUGUGACGCUGUAUCAAAGUUCAUAAACAAUGCCAUAUGACUUCCUCUGCAAUAACACAAAGCCCCAUGUGAUUGGCUGCCUUGCGUGUGACAUGAAAUCAGUGAUGUAUCACUCCAGCAGCCAAUGAGCACACUUAGGGGUUUAGCAACCUCCAUCCGCCAACCACUGAAAUUCUUUGUGGACACCGUUUCUUGAAGAUUGUAAUGCAGUUGCUGUGAGAGUGGAGUUAUACCAUUUUCCUGAUUGUAGAAUGUUAGAUAGCAACCUGUUUCAUGGAUCUGGCCACUGGUCGCCUUCAGGCGUCACUCACCGCCAAGUCGCGCUCAGUCAAAGACGGGCAGGAAGUUGACCAGGUAAAUGCUUUAAUUUUGUAGUAAAAACUGAUUGUCAUAGUACCGAGUUGAUUGCAUGUAUUGUUAAUGAAUACUGUAAUGUGUUGAAAGUGUUUGAUAUCAGUGUAUAAUGUUAUUUUAUAAGAAACUGAGACCGAGAACUUGUUUGCAGUUCUUACGGUCAUACCUAUCUCAUCAAUAAAUGUCAGAGAGAGAA